CGGGCGGAGCCAAACGCCAGUGGAGCCCCUAAACAUGAAUGUUAAAUUGUGAACGCUUGAUAGACAGACCGUCUUUGAUAAUGACUGUAAUGUGUAAAUGCUGAGUUAUUAUUAAGGUUACGCAUGGAAGAUCGGGACGCUUGGCGUUGGAAGUAAACUCGGACAUAGUGUUGGGAAACAGCGUGAACCAGAAAAAAAUAGUUUUUUUUUUUUAUUUUAUUUACCGUUAUCGGCUAUUAAAAUGGAGGGUUUUGAAGGAGCCAGCAGCAGCGAGAGUGUUUUAGAUCUGUCCCGUUUGAAUCUGAACAAUAAUAGUUUGGACACGGUCAGCGAAAAACGACGGAAAGACACGAAGCAACUGUACCUGUGUUACAACAGAAUGAGUUUUUUACCCGAGUCCAUCUCUUUAUUCUCGAACCUGGAGUUUCUCGACAUCAGUAACAACGCGCUGUCGGUCAUCUGCGAGGACAUCACCCGACUGACCAAACUCAAAACCCUCAUAGCCAAGAACAAUCGUUUGAAUGAGUUCUCUCUGCCCAAGCACUUUGGCUCUCUGCAGCUGGAAGUGUUGAAUUUGAGUGGGAACCGGUUUGAGGAGAUGCCGAGCCAGUGUCUGCAGCUGCUGCGGCUCCAGUCUCUGUCUCUGGGAGGAAACAGACUGAAGAGCAUCCCAGCAGAGAUCGAGAGUCUCGCCAGCUUAGAGCUGCUGUAUCUGGGCGGUAACCAGAUCUCCUCCAUCCCUGCUGAACUAGCUAACUUACCCUGCCUCAGUUACCUAGUUCUGUGUGAUAACCGCAUCCAGAGCGUCCCACCUCAACUCAAAAGGCUCCAUUCCCUGCGCUCUCUUAGUCUCCAUAAUAACCUGCUGACGUAUCUUCCGAGAGAGAUCCUGAGCCUGGUGCACCUUCAGGAGCUCAGUCUCAGAGGCAAUCCUUUGGUGGUACGCUUCAUCAAGGACAUGACCUAUGACCCCCCGUCACUGCUGGAGAUGGCUGGCCGAACCGUCAAAAGCAAGAACCUCCCAUACUCACAUAAAGACCUCCCGAGCCAUCUAGUCAACUACCUAGACAUGGCCAGCAAGUGCCCCAACCCCAAAUGUGCAGGUGUUUACUUUGACUCAUGCGUUCGUCACAUCAAGUUUGUGGAUUUCUGUGGGAAGUAUCGCCUGCCCUUGAUGCACUACCUGUGCUCCCCAGAAUGCACCUCUCCCUGCAGCUCCAACCCUCAGAGCGACGCUGACUCAGACGAAGACAACAGCGUGCCUGCCGAUCGACUUCAAAGAGUGCUGCUGGGAUAACCUCGCUCACCUCACACACGUCAUCUCCUCUCUCUCACUUAAAGUGUUAUCUGCAGGAACUUUGAACUUUACAGCCAGCUGGCUUGAAAACCUCUCAGCUGAAGCCAAAUCUUAUUGCCAAGUGAUUGAGCAAGUGGCAUUCUGGGAAAGACAUCUGCAGAUAGUUUCUCCUACAAAGGCAAAAUCAAAAACACUGGUGGUUCAGAAUAGCUGUUAGUUAUAUUAACUAUGUUGCCUUGGUCAUCAAUCUGUUUAGCUCUUGCACUUUUGUAAUCUGUUAGAAGACACAGUUUAGGUACAUGCAUAUCUUUUGCUUAGUAGUAGCUUGUUUUGUCUCUCACAGGAGAGCACUAACAUAAUUUUUUCACAUUACGCACAAAGAUUUACUGUGAAAUAAACAUAGAGAACACUU